CACAGUAUUCCUGACGAAAUGGCGGAAAAGGCAAGUAAAGCUCUAGUUCAAGCUGCUGAGAUCGGCUCACUUCAAGGAGUUAAAGCUGCUUUGGAAGCUGGUGCAGACAUUGACCACGUCCAGGAAGUCAACAACAUCACCGGCACUGCACUGUUCAUCGCUUCCCACCGGGGAUAUGUAGACAUAUUAAAGCUGCUGCUCUGCAAGGGGGCGUCUGUAACGAAGAGAGGCGAGGGUGCAGUGGCAGCCGCCCCCCUCCAUGUAGCAGCGCUCCGAGGACAUACAGAAGUGGUGGACUUGCUGGUACAUCAUGGUGCAACAUUAGACAUAAGGGAAGCCUACCAGAAGACACCACUCAUGAUCGCCGGUAGUUGGGGUCAAGUUGACACAGUUCGGCAACUGAUUCAGCUCGGAGCAAGAGUUGAUUUGACAGACUUUCGUGGCCACACGGCUCUGAUGCACUGCGAGAUGUCCCCCUUUGUCUUAGACCAAGAAUUUGCAGAGAUGAUGGCGUUGCUACAAGAGGCAAUGGAGACCAGGCUGUUGAGAUGCUGUUAUCCUCCGUGUGGCAAACCAGGCUACAGGUCCACCUUGAAGCUGUGUGGCCGGUGCAAGCUGACCCGGUACUGCAGCCGUGACUGUCAGAAACAACACUGGACUGUCGGACACAAGAAGUGCUGUGGACAUGACGCGUACACUGGCGAGACACCAGACCCCUUCCAUGAAAUGACCAAGUACAAGUUCACACUACCAGGGGGAUUAUCAUCAGAGAGAAUCCUACAACACUUAUUUCCAGAAAAAUUCCCGCAGGUUCGUGAAGUUGUAGGUCCCAAAAACCAGUGAACCAUGCAUGCAGUAGUAA